CUAUAAUUAUCAUUUUUAGUCAGACAAACCCUUUUUUUUUAUUUGUUUUAAUUCGUAGACUUAAUUUUCCAGGCAAUUAUGUCAUUCUUCAACAAGGCAUUCAAACCAAAACGAAAAACUUUUAGUUUUCGAAUCCCAUCGGAAACUGCUUCGGAAAUUUCGAUAACUUCUCCCGACGUACGUGAAAUGGCUGAAUAUAAUUAUCCACGAAUUCAGAAACCUGCCCCACAAUUCAAAGGUACUGCUGUUGUUGGUGGUCAAUUCAAAGAUAUUAGUCUUUCCGAUUACAAAGGCAAAUAUGUUGUACUCUUUUUCUAUCCAAUGGAUUUUACUUUUGUAUGUCCAACUGAAAUUAUUGCAUUCAGUGAACGUGCCGAUGAAUUUCGUAAAACAAACUGUGAAGUGAUCGCUUGUUCAACUGAUAGUAAAUUCACUCAUUUGGCAUGGAUUAAUACACCACGUAAAGAGGGUGGAUUAGGCGAAAUGCAUAUCCCAUUGUUGGCCGAUAAGAAUGCUAAGAUUAGCCAAGAUUAUGGCGUUUAUCUUGAAGAAGGUGUACCAUUGCGUGGCUUAUUCAUCAUUGAUGAUAAGCAAAUUUUGCGUCAAAUUACUAUCAAUGAUUUGCCAGUUGGACGUAGCGUUGAUGAAACAUUGCGAUUGGUACAGGCUUUUCAAUACACUGAUGUACAUGGUGAAGUUUGCCCGGUCAAUUGGAAACCAGGUUCGGACACUAUUAAACCAGCACCAGAUAAGAGUAAAGAAUAUUUCAAUAAAAAUCAUUGAAAUUCGGGCAAAUCAUCAAUUUUUAGCCUAUU